GCGGAUGUGGCGAAUUUCAAACGUGAGACUAUUGUGGAAUGGUUGCUGGUGGGCGGCUUUUGGAACAGUGAUCAAGCAGGCACAUUUGUACAUUGUUAGUAAUCCUUCUCUAUCUCACCUUGAGUGACUGACAAGUGACAAACAAAGAGCCGCGGGACGGAGGCUGAAAGGCAAAAGGGGGGAACAGGCACAUUGGGAACUGAGUGAACCCAGAUGUACAGUAUGAAAAUAAAUUUGGAAAUCUACCAAAGUAAGAAAGAAGAGACAAGCUUUCUAGAUUUGUGAUCAUAAAUGGAUGACGAAGAUAUAAGUGAGCGGAAACUGAAAAUUGCCUCUAUCUUGGAUAGAGUAAAAAGUUUUAAGACCAAGUAUGGGACAGAUGAUAAUUGGACUGAUGAAUUAACCUUUUCAAAGUCUUCUGCUGACACUACAGAGCACUCUGGCAUUUUUACCCACUUGGUGACUGCAAAGACUCCAGAGGAAUGGCUAAAUAAUCUUCUAAAAUUAGAAAAUACAGGCCUGCCUCAGAUUGACCAAGUACUGCUCAAUAAACUCAUCGAUAAUUACAGUCAAGCUGUUGGAGCUCUGCCUGCAGAAAAACACAGUCACAACGAGAACUAUGCUAAAAUCCUGGUGCGAUUUGCCGAACUGAAAGCAAUCCAAGACCCAGAUGAAGCACGGGAUCAGUUCCAGCUUGCAAGACUGAACUGUAAAAAAUUUGCUUUUGUGCAUACAGCUUUUGCCCAGUUUGAGCGGUCAGAAGGCAAUUUUAAAAAGUGUAAGCAGCUUCUUCAAAGAGGUCUGGAAUGUGGCGCUGUUCCAUGUGAAAUGUUGAACUUGGCUUUGAGUAAUUUACAGUUAAAGAAGCCUGAGCUGAUAUCUGAUGAAGAAAAAGAGAAUUUAGCUGUGUCAUCAAGUCAGAUCAAUCAAGGCAUGGCUGGUUAUCAGAAUCUGGCACUGGGGAAUCCACAAAGAAUGAAGAUUGAAAGCCCAGAAGAAUAUUCUGUAAAAACAAGCUUUUCAUAUGGAGAAAAGUUAAGCUCCCCAGAAGACUUUGAAGAUAUAGGGAGGAAACCUUUUCUAAACAUGCCUGCCAAGACGUGCCCUUUGGGCAGAGUGCCUGUACAGCCAGCAAGAUCUCCGGAAAUGAGAACAAGGAAGAGUGAUGGGUCUGGCAGUUUCAGUGUUGUGAAGAGACCACUAGGUUCCAUGCGUGUGCCUGUCCUUACUACUUUGUCAGAGCCAAAAUAUUUGGGAGAUGAUCUACAUUGCUCUAAAGACAUUAAGUUACCAAGCAGCAGCCCAUCGCAUGAAGAACAGGCUUAUGAAGACAGUUUAGAUAUGAAAACGCCUUCAUCUGUUCUGCUUAGUGACACAGAAUUAAACCUGACUGUCAAAAGAAAUGAAGAUUUAAUUUUGGGAAACACCUCUACAGCUGUUCUCAAUCCUCAAGAAAAUAGUAAACCAGCCCCACCACAACCCAACAUUAAUACAAUGCUCUCUUACACGACCAAGCCAAACAAUAUUGAAGCAGAAUGGAAGUGGAAGGUUCCAGAGACACCCAGGCAUAUUUUCCAGCCAGAGGUGAUAUUUCCAGUGGGCACACGUAACAGUAUUGAACCAAGUGCCAAUCCCAGUUCCCAACGAGUGUCUCCGCCAGCUCCCUCUCUUAGGAAAUGUGACCCUGUCUUUGUUUGUGGAACGCCAGUCAAUAAACCACAAGAGGAUUACAUGAACUGCUUUAGAACUCCAGUUGUAAAAACUAACCUAGGACCAUUGGCACAUAUGUCCACACCUUGUAAUAAUCGUUCAGGUUAUCAGCACCCACAGACUCCAGUUGGACAACCUGGCUAUUUUCAAAUCUCUGCACCUUUUGCAUCAAGUGACUGUAUUGUAGUUAAAGGACGUGCGUAUGCAGUCUUAAAACAAAUUGGAACAGGUGGAUCUAGUAAGGUGUUUCAAGUAAUGGAUGAUCAAAAGCAUUUAUAUGCCAUCAAGUAUGUGAAUCUGCAAGAUGCUGACCAGCAGACCAUAGAAAGCUAUCAGAAUGAAAUCUCUCACUUGAACAAACUUCAGCAACACAGUGACAAUAUCAUUAGGCUCUAUGACUAUGAGAUUACUGACCAGCAUAUUUACAUGGUAAUGGAGUGUGGAAAUAUAGAUCUCAAUACUUGGCUGAGGAAGAAAAAGACAAUUAAUCCAUGGGAACGGAAGAGUUACUGGAAAAAUAUGCUUGAAGCAGUUCACACAAUACAUCAGCAUGGGAUUGUACACAGUGACUUGAAGCCGGCAAACUUUCUGAUUGUUGACGGGAUGCUUAAGCUAAUAGACUUUGGCAUAGCAAACCAAAUACAGCCAGAUGUAACCAGCAUUGUUAAAGAUUCACAGGUGGGCACCAUUAAUUACAUGCCACCGGAGGCUAUUAGAGAUACCACCACAUAUGCAGAAAAUGGCAAACCCAGAUCAAAGAUUAGUGCGAAAGGUGAUGUCUGGUCUCUGGGUUGCAUAUUGUACUGCAUGACAUAUGGGAAGACUCCUUUUCAACAUAUUACAAAUCAGAUCACUAAACUUCAUGCUAUUCUGGACCCUGGUUAUGAAAUAGAGUUCCCUAUUAUACCAGAGAAAGACCUCCAAGACGUACUAAGGAAAUGUUUAUUACGAAAUCCUAAGGAAAGGAUCUCCAUUCCUGAGCUCCUUGUGCAUCCCUAUGUUCAGAUACAGCCUCAUACACAGCCAGGUCAACAAGUGCAAAAAGAGACGACAGAGGAAAUGAGACGUAUACUCGGACAGCUUAUUGGUCUGAAUUCUCCAAAUUCCAUAUCUCGAGCUGCGAGAAGCUUGUAUGAUCAGUGUAACAGUGGCAGAAGCUUGGAUCUGUCAGCACUUGGAACAACAGUUAAUCCAAACACACGGACUAUGAAAUAAAGGACACUAAUUAUGAUGCCUAAUAUGUAACAACCUAAAGCUUCCAUUCCCAGUCUGAUGCGAUUGUUUUAUAAAACUUUAUAGGUACUGUACUACAUUACAGAACCACUGUUACCACUGGGGAUAAAUAUAUUUGAAGUAAAUGUCUAUAUGUAUAUAUUGUACUCUGUUUUUCUCAUUGUUGGUCUUCAUGAUCAAUUUAAAUAACAGGUUUUCUUUGUCUUUUAAAAAUGUAUUUUAUUGAAAAUGCAUUUCCACUGUUCUUACUGA